GGAAACGCGGAGCUGUGGGUGCCCCACACCUGGAGGUGCCCGAGGCCAUGGAUGGGGGCCCUGGGCAGCCUGAGAUGGUGGGGGGCAGCCAGCCCACGGCAGGGCUGGGGGGUCCCUUUCAACCCAUCUUGUGGUUGUAUGAUCUUUAAGGACCCUUCCGACCCACCCGUGCCAUGAUGCUAUGAUCUUUAAGGACCCCAGUAUACGGUGAGCACCCAACGUUCACCCAGUGCCAAGCUAACACCGAUCCAAAAGCAACCCAGCACCAACCCAGCACCAACCCAGCACCAAUCCAACACCGAUCCAACACCAAUCCAACACCGAUCCAACACUGAUCCAACACUGAUCCAACACCAACCCAGCACCAACCCAACACUAAUCCAACACUGACCCAACACCAACCCAGUGCCAACACCAAACCAACGCCAACCCUGUGCCAUCCUAACACCAAAUCGAUGCCAAUCCAACGCCAACCCAACAUCAACUCAAUGCUGACCCAAGGCCAACAGCACCGAUGAAACAACAUCAACCAACCCAACAUCAACUCAAUGCUGACCCAAGGCCAACAGCACCGACGAAACAACAUCAACCAACCCAACAUCAACUCAAUGCUGACCCAAGGCCAACAGCACCAAUGAAACAACAUCAACCAACCCAACAUCAACUCAGUGUUCAACCGAGCGCCGAAGCAACGCAGACCCAACGCCAAUCCCAACGCCAACUCAGUGCCAACUCAGCACCAACCAAACACCGACCCGACGCUGAUCCAAACUAAUGCCAAUCCAAAACCAAUCCAGUGCCAACCCAACGCCAAUUCAGCAUCAACCAAACUCCAACACAAUGUCAACCCAAAGCCAACUAAAUGCCGAGCCAGUGCCAACCCAGCACCGAACCAAUGCCAAGCCAAUGCCAAUCAAGCACCAACCCAGCGCCGACCUAGUGCUGACCCAACAUAACCCAAUGCUGAUCCAACACCAACCCUACGCCAACCCAACACCAACCCAGUGCCAACCAGAUGCUGACCCGAUGCCAACUCAGCGCCAACUCAACACCAACCCAGCACCAAACACCAACCCAGCACUGACUCAAUGCCAAACCAAUGCCAAUCCAAUACCAAUCUAGUACCAACUCAACGUCAACUCAAUGCUGAGCCAACACCAAUCCAGUGUCAACCAAACUCCAAGCUAAAGUCAACUCAACGCCAACUGAACAUGAAGCCAAUGCUGAUCCAGUGCCAACCCAGCACCAAACCAGUGCCAAGCCAGCACUGAUCCAAUGCCUGUCCAACGCCAACCCAACAGUGACCCAACACUGACACAAUGCCAACCCAGCAUCAAACCAAUGCCAUCCCAAUGCCCAUCCAACACCAAUCCAAUGCCAACCUAAUGCUGACCUAAUAUACCUCAACACCAACCCGAUGCCAACCCAACACCAACCCAGUGCCAAACCAACACCAACCCAGUGCCAAACCAAUGCCAAACCAACACCAACCCAGUGCCAAACCAACACCAACCCAACACCAACCCAAAGCCAACCCAACACCAACCCAAUGUCAAACCAACACCUACCCAGUGCCAAAUCAACGCCAACCCAACACCAACCCAAUGCCAACCCAACACCAACCCAAUGCCAAACCAACGCCAACCCAAUGCCAAACCAACGCCAACCCAACGCCAAACCAAUGCCAACCCAACAUCAACCCAAUGUCAAACCAACACCAACCCAACACCAACCCAAUGCCAACCCAACACCAACCCAGUGCCAAUCCAACACCAACCCAGUGCCAAAUCAACACCAACCCAACACCUACCCAAUGACAAACCAACACCAACCCAAUGUCAAACCAACACCAACCCAGUGCCAAAUCAAUGCCAAUCCAACACCAACCCAAUGCCAACCCAACACCAACCCAAUGCCAACCCAACACCAACCCAGUGCCAAAUCAAUGCCAACCCAACACCAACCCAAUGCCAACCCAAUGCCAACCCAACACCAACCCAAUGCCAACCCAACACCAACCCAGUGCCAAAUCAAUGCCAAUCCAACACCAACCCAAUGCCAACCAACACCAACCCAAUGUCAAACCAACACCAACCCAGUGCCAAACCAAUGCCAACCCAACACCAACCCAAUGCCAACUCAACACCAACCAACACCAACAUGGUACCAACCUAAUGCUGACCUAAUAUACCUCAACACCAACCUGAUGCCAAACCAACACCAACCCAGCGCCAAUCCAAUAUCAACCCAGCACCAACCCAGUGCCAACCCAACACCAACCCAGUGCCAAAUCCACGCCAAUCCAACACCAACCCAACUCCAACCCAACACCAACCCAAUGUCAACCUAACACCAACCCAAAGUCAAACCAACACCAACCCAAUGCCAACCCAACACCAACCCAGUGCCAAAUCAAUGCCAACCCAACACCAACCCAAUGCCAACCCAACACAAACUCAAUGUCAAACCAACACCAACCCAAUGCCAAACCAACACCAACCCAACACCAACCCAAUGUCAAACCAACGCCAACCCAGUGCCAAAUCAAUGCCAACCCAACACCAACCCAACACCAACCCAGUGCCAACCCAACACCAACCCAAUGCCAACCCAACGCCAACCCAAUGCCAAUCCAACGCCAACCCAGUGUCAACCCAACACCAACCCAGUGUCAACCCAACACCAACCCAGUGCCAACCCAACACCAACCCAACGCCAACCCAACACCAACCCAGUGCCAACCCAACACCAACCCAACGCCAACCCAACGCCAACCCAAUGCCAACCCAACGCCAACCCAAUGCCAACCCAACACCAACCCAACGCCAACCCAACACCAACCCAAUGCCAACCCAACGCCAACCCAGUGCCAAUCCAACACCAACCCAAUGUCAACCCAACACCAACCCAGUGCCAAUCCAACACCAACCCAACGCCAACCCAACACCAACCCAAUGCCAACCCAACACCAAUCCAAUGUCAAACCAACACCAACCCAGUGCCAAACCAAUGUCAACCCAACACCAACCCAGUGCCAAAUCAACGCCAACCCAACACCAACCCAAUGUCAAACCAACGCCAACCCAACACCAACCCAGUGCCAAACCAACACCAACCCAGUGCCAAAUCAAUGCCAACCCAACACCAAACCAAUGUCCAACCAACACCAACCCAACGCCACCCAAACGCUGACCCAGUGCCAACCCAAUGCUGACCAAAGCCACACACACCAGACGCAGGAGGGCGA